GGCGUUCGGGGCGCCCGAGAACGCGCAGCGCAUGGAGGAGGCUCGGGACAACGCCUGCAACGACAUGGGCAAGAUGCUGCAGUUCCUCCUGCCCGUGGCCACCCAGAUCCAGCAGGACGUGAUCAAAGCCUGCACCGACGGCGAGGGGGUCCUGAAGUUCGCCCGGCUGAUCAAGUCCUACGAGUCGCAGGACCCGGAGAUCGCCAGCAUGUCGGGCAAGCUCAAGGCCAUGUUCCUGCCGCCCAUGACGCUGCCGCCGCACGGGGCCGGGACCGGUGGAGUGGCAACCUCCUGAGACCGUGGACCUCUCCUGCCCCACCGGGUCACGGGUGCUCUGGCGGGGGCUGUCAGCCCCGGGAAUGGAGAACUUCAACAAGGGAGAUGCUGACCUGAAAGAAACGUGAUGCUUUGUGCGUGCUUGUGUCUGCUCGUGAAUAAAAAAUGCC